CGCAUAGACAGAGGAUAAAAAUAGAAUAUUAUAUGAUUGGGCCAGCCAACCAGUGCAAAUUGGAAUAAAAAAAUAUUAGAGGAAAAUAAAAAGGGAAGAGAAAAGAAUAAAGGGGAAGAAGGUUCGAAAUUCGAAACACAGACUGCAGCAAAGAAAAGUAGGAAAUAAUAGCAACAACAGCGCAGACAAGGAAGGGGGGCCACAGCGGCUAUAUAGGCCCCCGGCGGCCCAGUCGCUCAGGCAGGGGGUUGGGGCCAACGGGGCAAACAGACCAAAUCGCGGUGGCUGGCCGAUGCUGGCAAAGGAUGCUUGUAUCCUUGGAAGAAUCAAGCCAGCAACCAGCCCAACCUUGCCUGCCUCAGCCAAUCGCGCGCUCUAUGUGCAGCAAACGCUGCUUGAAGCGCCCAACCAAUGCAAGACGGCACAUCCAGAUCACACACAUCGCGCAUUUUGGUCACUCGUCGGCUCUUGGUCCAGUCUAUCAGAGGCCAACCUCACCGAUUCUCGUCUGCGCUCCCUUGCGCACGGUUACACAACCUCCUGCAUGGCAACAAGCCCUAACAGUGGCCGAACGGUGCGACGGUGGCUGCUGGGGUGAACAAAAGUGAUGGUGACGAUGGAUUUUUGUCCGAUCCAGCCUUCUUAUGGAAUAGCCUUACUCUGCUCCUCUCUGGAAUGACAUCAACUUGCGGGGUUUCGCAUAAAAAAGAUGAUGCGCAGAAAUCGGCCUGGUAAGAAACCAGCCCCUCGGUGUGCCGUGUGGUUGCUGAAAUAAAACAACUACAAACUCGCCCAUCUUCUCGUCGUUCCAUCUACUCCGUAGAUGGCUUCUCUCUCACUUUCUCUCAUGCUAAAAUAUUCCAUAUUGAGGGCAGUGUGCCAGUAGGAUCGGUGAUGGGCAAACACGUUCUCAACCCCUGCCGAGUUACAGGACCUCAAGAAUCAGAAUCACCCAUCCCUGCAUGAUCCGUGUGAAGAACGGGCUUGGGCGCCAAUGUGAAGUUUGCAUUCAAACAUCCCAGCUUCACUUCUUGCAAUUGAUGUGUCGAAUCUUGAGUGUAGAGACUGAUGUAUUCUCUACUACUCCGUACUGUGUCAAAAGUCUCAGCAUGAAUAUAUCCCAUCUUUGCCAUCUGCUCUGUCGGGUCUACGCUGUGCGUACCUAUCAGGAAACAAUUUUAACCCCUCCUUACAACAUCCCUUGAGAUCUCGCGGUAAGCUUCAAGCUAGUUGUGACAACCUGAGUUCAAGCAGCCAGCAACAAACCAACCAGCGCUGAAAUCACACGCUACAGGAGGACAGUUCGGAAUUCUGAUCUCUCCCACCACCGCUUGGGCGUUUCCUAUAUAAGUCUUCAACGUCAUUCGUCCUUAGAUAAGAUGGAGUUUUAAGUUUCCGCUCCCCCGCAUUAACAUUACGAUGAUACCACACUUGCGUUGGUCAAUCAUCUCAUACGACUGUCAUAUCAUCACGAUAAGAGCAGACUUGCCCACCUCAACGAGGAGCGGGAUCCCGAACAUACAUAUGUUUCCAGGGGGUCGAUCACUGCAUAUCCAGGCUCUUGAGCUAAAAGGCAUGAUGGAAAAGGAGGGGGAAACACCUCACCUUGUUGGGUGUGUUGCUAUAAUUAGAUACUGGUACAGUGCUGUGGAUAGUGAUAACGGGAUCAAUGAUCUCAUGGAAAAAAUUUUCCUUAAUGCGCACUAAUUGUGAUCAUUGCAGCAGCCGUACAUGAUCAACUUCACUGCGGAGCACCGCAUUUUUGUGAUGGUUGGUUGGGCCGUCGACAAUUGAAGUUUUUCGUUUGUCUCUGCUCCAUAGCAUAUGAAUAGAUAUAGCAAUUGCAGUGUCAAGUUCUCAUCUGGAGAUGUUCUGAUUUGUAUUAGGCAGAGGUAGAGGGAGGGAGGGAAACGUUAUGGAAUAGGGCUCGCGGCAAACCGGUUCUUACGUUCAUCAUUCAUUCUCCCCAAUUUGAAACUAUUUCUUACGAACGCAACAAAACUAGAAUUUCUUAUUGAAAGUCAGAGACAAAGUUAUCCAAGAGUAGAGGUUUCCUUUCAUCUCUUCUCAUCUUUUUACUCUAUAUAGUAACUUACACUCACUGAUCACAAAGAUAACAUACUUCUUAUUUGCACCAAGAAACAAAAAAACAUGAAACCGAAAUCUGGC